AUGGUUGAAGAAAUAAAAAGAUCGACAAGAAAGGAAAGAGAGGAAUGGAUCAAAGAUGCCAAUUAUAAUCUUUUUAAAUUGGCAUCAGAUCAAGUUUAUAUUGACCUUUUAACUGACAGUGGCACAGGUAGUAUGAGUGCAAAUCAAUACGCUGAAAUGAUGACUGGUGACGAAUCAUAUGCAGGUUCAAAAUCAUAUUUUAAAUUAAAAGAAACCAUUAAAGAAUUAUUUAACUUUGAUUUUAUGCUUCCUACACACCAAGGAAGAGCCGCAGAAAAUGUAUUAUUUUCGGUACUUGUCAAGGAAGGUGAUAUUGUUCCAGGUAAUAGUCAUUUUGAUACUACCAAAGGCCAUAUCGAAAUUAGAAAGGCAAGAGCCAUCGAUUGCACUGUUAUGGAGGCAUUCGAUACUCAGAUUGAGUUGCCUUUUAAAGGCAAUAUAUGCUUAGAGAAAUUAGAAGAGGUUCUUAAAGAGCAUCAAGAUAGAGUUCCUUUUGUUUUAAUUACCAUUACGAAUAAUCUUGUUGGUGGUCAACCAGUUUCAUUAGAAAACAUUAUGCGUGUUAGAGAAUUGGCCACCAAAUACAACAAACCUGUUUUAAUGGACUCUGCUCGUUUUGCAGAGAAUGCAUAUUUCAUUAAAAUUAGAGAAAAGAAAUAUAAUGUCCAUUCAAUUAAAGAAAUUGUUAGGGAAAUGUUUUCAUUUGUUGAUGGUAUGUUGAUGAGUGGUAAAAAAGAUGGAAUCUGCAAUAUUGGUGGUUUUAUGGCAAUGCAUUCGGAAGAAUGGUACGAAAAAGCAAGUGUUUUCAACAUCAUUUACGAAGGUUUUAUUACUUAUGGUGGAUUAAGCGGUCGUGAUAUGGGUGCUUUAGCAAUAGGUCUAAGAGAGGCUACAGAAUUUUCAUAUUUAGAAACUAGAAUUAAACAAGUGGAAUAUUUGGCAAAGAAAUUAGAUAGAUACAACAUUCAAUAUCAACGACCAUCAGGCGGCCAUGCAAUAUUCAUUGAUGCAAAGAAAAUACUAACAUCUGUAAAAAAGGAAGAGUUCAUUGCCCAAACAUUGGCCAUCGAACUGUACCUAGAGUGCGGAAUAAGGGGUGUUGAAAUCGGUACACUAUUGGCAGAUAGAGACCCAAUUACACGUGAAAAUAGAUAUCCAAAAUUAGAGCUACUAAGAUUGGCGAUACCACGUCGUACCUAUACAAACAACCAUAUGAAAGUAGUUGCAAAAGCCCUAAGAAAUGUUUAUAAAAGAAGACAUCAAAUAACAAAAGGUUAUAUAAUCAAAUAUGAACCUUCAUUACUUCGUCAUUUCUCUGUUGAUUUAGCACCAAUCGGUGCCAUCACUAAAGAGAUCCCUGCUAUUAAAAAUGAAAUAGAAGUACAUCGAGAAGAUUAA